AUGCGGGAGCCGUACACAGUUGAGGAACUGACAGCACGUCAAUUCCGCACUGUGUUCGACUACAUAACAACCAACAACGUCCUGAGAGACCAAAUCAGGAACACUCACGAUCCCGGACAGAGAAACCACGCCUGCCCGCCCGUAGUCCAUAUAACGAAAACGUUGCUCGAAAUAGUAGAGUAUACUACUGAGUCAUUUCACAAUCUUGCUGUUUUACUAGAACUACUUAUCCCCCGUCUAUUUAAGUGGGACGACGACACGGACUUCUUUAGAGCCACCCUUCAGCUGGUCGGCUUAACUGAGCAAAAAGUCAUGGAAAUACUCCAACAUUGCUCAGCCGUCACAGCCCAUGCCACACGCAUGAUCAGAGUGAUGGAAGCCCACCAAAUGGUCCACAUCAUGAACCGUAAAACGGUUCGCGUCACAGCUGAAGACGAACAAUAUAGAUUCCAGUUUCCCGCUUCGAUAGGAUACAGCAGGAACGCGCUCGCGGGUCCCCCUCCAACUGCCCCAGAGCAGCCGUCGCAACGACCCGCAACGACAAUAACUAUUCCAAAAGCUGUUCCCCAGGCAACUCAUCUCCCGCUCGCCCGAGGCUGCUGGACCACGGUCCAAGACUCCUCCGAAUCCACCCGAAUCACACUCGGGAGCAACGAAGCGGAAGCGUGCCUCGCCAUCAUGCCACAAGAAGUCGCGGCCACCAACCAGCGAAGUCCCGCCGUAGUCCAACCCGUCGUUCCCUAG